UAUAAUAUAUUUGUGUAUAAGGCUCAACAAAUAGGUAGUAGAAUAUCGCUGAUAGUAAAGUGUGUGGAAUGUUCAUUAAAUUAUGAAGAACAAAUUCAACUUGUGGAAGGUAGGGCACAGUCAACACAUAAUGGCGCCUAUCUCCACCAGAAUCGGGGCUUGCCAAUGUCGAGUUGACAACGCAACAUCUUAACCAUCUUCUUUCAAAGUUUGCCCUUUGCCAUGGAGCUGAUUGUGCGAUUUUCCGAAUUUUCCAUUGCACAAUCGCCUGCACAUCGAACUGCCAGCGGAUACAAGCAAUUUGUCAGAUGUGAGAUGCACUCGAGUGCAUUUAUUGUGUUUAGCGUGUCUGCAAAGUUCAGGUCGAGCUGGCUGGAAAGUAAAAGUGAUUCGAAGUUCUGUUGAGUCAUUGCCCGUGGAGGGAUCACAUGGAACCACUUAAAUGGAAAUCACAGUCGAUCAUCACAGCCAUAUGAUCGCAUUGCAUUGCAUUGGAUUGGAUUGGAUUGGAUUGGAUCGAGUGUUAUGAAUGGAGCCCGAAACGCACUGCUCACUCGGCCCAAGGUCGAUGUGCAGGCUUCUAUGUUUGAAAUCUCUUUGCAGCCGUGUUUCUCUACGUUUUGCUGAUACGAAUUCGAUUUUAAUAUGGAUUUCGCGAUUCGCAGCUCGCAGUUCGCAGUUCGCCGCACGGCCAAUGUCGUGCGUCGCUUUGCGUUUAAUUAAUAAAUGCGCGAAAAGUGGCCGUGUGUUGGCUUUGGCUGUUCGGCCACAAAACGCUAAUUACAAAUGCCGCCAAGAGCAAGUACGAGUCGCGAUUGCGGCCCAAACGGUACGGCAAUAGGCCACAAAUCCGAGCAGCCACUACAACUCGAACAACUUCUUGACAUUUUGGUUAUGCUCAUGCGUGCAGCGCAAUUUCGACUUUGUCUGUCUAAUACUAAGUUGCCGCCUUUGCUGCCAAAUGCUACUCCGCCGGAUCUAAUCGUUCUGAUCGUAGUUUUCAGUUUUUAGUUUUUAGUUUUCAGCUUUUAGUUUUUAGCCACAAUGGUAGGCCUAUUGUUCUCGACUCAAUGCCUCCACUCGUCGUCUCAGGUGCUUUAAACUCGCAGUUGCACACACUCGAAGAGUCGUGAAAUUAAUCAAAUUUAUUGUCGAGCCCGAAACCCAUAAUUAAAUUUAAUAUAUGCAACGAAAGCAAUCGCGAUCGACGGACCGGCUGCUUGUGAAAACCGAGAAUGACGGACUGACUGAACUUAGACGUGAGUCAUCGAUGAAGUAUGGCUUCAAUCGAGUUAGGCCUAUGUGAUUACGCUGGCUGUGUUCUACGCAUUUCGAGCGGCUUUAUUAAUUGAUAUGACUUUUUAAUUACACCCAACCGAUCUGCCUAUCGAAUUAUGAAUUCUAUAGUACACCAAAUGCAUUACAAAAAUGUAUGGCUAAUUUGUUAUUCAUUUUAAUGACACUGCAUUAUGUUUUUCUCUGCAUGAUGAUAAGGUACAUGCAUACAUAUAUGCUGUGCAGAGCGAUAAGACAUCUCUUAUCACGAAGCGUCAGAUUUUCUGUUUUCUUUCUUUAUUGGAUUGCUUUCUAAUAUCUUUGGCUCCGAUGCAUUCAAGUCAGUCUGCAUUUGCCAGUCGAAUUCACAAGUUGUCACAAUCGCAGCAAUGCUGAGAUUUACUUCAUUUUUGGUGCUGUCGUUAUGCCUGAGGUCAUGCCACUCAGCAGCCUGCGAGGGCACUGAAUGCGAUGCCCAAUGUGCGGCAUAUUGCUACGGAGUCUUGAAUCCCUGCAUGUCGAACAUGGGCAGUUUGCAACGAAGGGCUGAGGCCUGUGAAGCAGCUGUUUCUAUUGCGAGAAUAGCACUAAAUGACCGAAGACUGCACAGUUUUGGCACUUCAAUGGACUUGCAGCAGGAGAGGCAAAAUACUUCGCAACUACUUCUGGCACACGGCGCACCAAUGGCCAGAAAACUGGAAAGGAACGACACUUUUCAGCAACUGGGAAGCAAAUACUAUUACAUCGAGAAGGAACAGAAGCUAAACUGGCACGCGGCGUUGGAAAAGUGCCAUAAAAUGGGUGGCCAUCUGGCCAGUCUGCAAACUCAGGAGGAAUUGGAUGGAUUUAAUAACCAGCUUAAUGGCCUAAAUCGCUACUGGAUCGACGUGACCAGCCAGUUCAACGAAUGUGAAUUCGUGUCUGUGACCAAAGGAUCGAAAGCCAACUUUCUGAGUUGGGCCGAGGGUGAGCCCACGAAAGAUGGAAAGUGCGUGGAUGUGCGUACAUUCAACGGGAAAACUACCAUGAAUGAUAACGAGUGUUCCGCCCAUCUCUUCUUUAUUUGCGAAAAAUCUAUUGAAGUAUAGAGCAUCUACUAACUAUCGCCUUAGCUUUGUUUGAGUUAUGAAAUGGCAAAUGGUUUAUAGAGGAAAUCAGUCUGAAAGGAAUUUCAAAACGAACCAGUUGGAAUAAGAUCGAAUAUCAGUAGAUAUAAUCAUAAAUAUAAUAUAUAAUUUUAUAAACCACUAUUUUAUUAUCUCAAGGUUUUCCAUUGGCUACAAAAAGUCUGGCAAGACUCUUCCCCCGAACGAGAUAUAUAUACAAAUAUACAAAUACGUGCGAUAUAGAGAUCGAUUGGCUUACGCAUGUGCAGUGGAAACCGAAGUUCGACAUUUACGCUUAAAUCAUAUUUUAUGGCUUUUCAGCUGAAAAUCGAAUGCUAACUUGUUUGUUUCGUUCUGCUUUUCAGCGGCAUUUUGGCGAUUGUUGUUGCGUUCUGCUUGUUGGCCAAUUCAAUUCAAGUUCGCAUCGGGCCAAAGCCAAAGUCGAAGUCGAAGUCGAAGUUUGUUCAACCAAGUCGAUUCGAUUGCGAUCGCGAAUUGAAAACAAAAACGUGAACGUUGCACGCACCAAGUUUAUUUGUUUUUCUUUUUGCAUUUUUUUUUUGUGCCUUAACUACGACUGCAUAAUUAAAUCAAAAUAAUGGGCAUGUUUAUUUCUUUAUUAUUUGAACUCAUUGGGCAGUUUGUUAGCAUUUCUACAAUAAAAUGUCAUAUUAUUGCAACGCUUUAAUAUCAGCAGCAGGUAAUUUUCCUAUACUAAAACAAUGUGUUUAAUUGAAACCCCUUAUAAAAGCCAAUCCCUAGCUGAAUUUUCGAUAACAAUCGGUUAACAUGACAUGACAAUUUACAAGCCACAUUAAAAUCGGUUAAUGUGAAUUUUUCCAUGCACGUACGUAAUUGUCGUUUGCCAUUUUCUCUAAGCUUUUUCAGGUGCAUUAAAUUUCAUUUUCUUUGAUUCACUUCCUCUUUGCCGCCUUUCGAGCAAUCGCCGCAUGCAAACUGCAUACAAAUGUGGAUCUGCUAGUGAUUUGCAUUUGAAGUGCCGAUCGCGAGGGGUAACUCAAUAGUCAACAGUCUGAGCAGAUGCCUUGCAAUAUCAUAUUUCUUGACUUAUUUCUGGCACUAUUACUGGACUAGCCAUUCCAGGGCGCUCGAUCGCUGGCAAUUAGCACGUUUUCCCAUUUCCAAUUUGACGCCACGCGUCUCGCUCCAUUGAACACCCAUUGCAGGGUAUUUGGGUUUGGCGAUGGCGAUGGCGAUAACGACGACGAUGACGAACGGGCAUUGUCGUCACACCUGCUGGCGAAAUUGGCAAUACAUUGGGCUUCAGCGGAGCCAAUCGAUCGGCGCUGCAAGUCAUGGAGAUGUGGAAAGGCUGAAAAGCCUGCCACUUGUGGCAAGCACAUGACUGAUCUCUUCACGUGAUUUGCCACUAAUAGCGAAUGUGUUGCAAGUGUUUUUCGCGGGGAAAUGGCAGAAACAAGCAUGCAUUAUGCUGCCAAUAUGCUACUUGAUUUCAUUGUGCAAAUUAUCAACGCUUUCAGUAUGAUUAUUAGCUUGCAACUGCUCAAGUCAUAAGCAUAAAUUCGAGAGGCAAGCGCUUUAUUUAGCCGUGCCACAUUCGUCAUACGACAUGUAAGACCAGCCUCUUAUUCAAUGCACAAAUAUAUAGCGCCCAACGUGGGGCGAUUUUUUUUAGCAUGCGUGAUGAAACUUCGUAAGUGGAUCUACUUUAAUACAGAUAAUUGCUUUCUAAGAUGAAGUGUAAAAAAAUAUAUCUGAAAAUUACCAUAUACGAGUUUUUGCUAAAAGAAUAUUUAAAAUCGAAGAAUUUCCCAUUCAUAAUGCCCCAAACUAAUGAGACAGGGAUCUAAAAAUAGAUGCCCAUAGAAGCCUUUUCGUGUUCUUGAUGGAUUCGGUCGGUUGAGCUUGACUUUUGUAGUGCCAUAAAUCGAAUAAAUCGAAUGAAUCGAAUGCAAAGCGCAGAUUGCUUUAAAUGCUUUAAAUGCUAAGGCACGACAACAGUCGUCACUGGCAACGCACAGCAUAGCGUAAUUAAACGCAUAAUAAUCUAAUUGCAUAUUUUGCGUGUUGAUUAAUGUUAAUUGCCAGCGCAGACGCUUUUGCUGCGAGCGCGCAUUUAUUAUUCGCACUGCGAGUGUGCGUUUGUAAAUCUGUCAAUUUUCUAAAUUACAUUCGCACGCAGUCUUGAGUUUUGAGUCUUGAGUUUUCAGUUUUCAGUUUUAAGUUUUCAGUUUUCAGUUCUGUGUUUUGAGCGGCAACCAACCGGCAAGCUCGAGCUGCAUUCGCUGUCCAUUUGUUUUUUUUGUGUUUUAUAUAUGUUGUCGCUUUUAAAUGCCAAUGUCUCUUGGCCAAAAACGCUGCGUUUGUGAAUGAGCCGAAAGUGUAACGCGGCGGUGGCGUGUCCUUGAAAAUGCCCGCCGAUCGCCACAAGCACCGCCGACUUCUGGCCUGAAAUCUCCGACUUGGCUAGCAGAUCGCAAGUAGCAGAUCGCAAAUCGCAGGUCUGCAGCUCGAUGCGUUCUCUUUGUACGCAUGAUCUGUAUUGCGUUUACUAGGGUGGACCCAAGUUUCAUGGGGAACACUGCUCUAAGUAUAUGUAUUAAAACGGCAAAAUAUUAUUUAGAUUUUGUAAAAAUAUUUUUGAUAUCAAGUGAUAUCUUAAGUGGAAGAAUGUAAAAG